UAGCUCAUUUCCUGUGCUUCUGCUGCUGCUUAUGUUUGACUCUCUCUGUUAAGACUGUUGUUCUCACAGAUAUGGAUUUUUUUAUGACAGUCAACUUAUAAACUUCUUAUCUUUUUAUGCAUGAUACGAGGAACAUACGGAGUUCUUAUAAAUUAUAGUGCGAUCGCAACUGCUGUGGAGGGACAGAAUGUCAGCCUGCAGUGCAUUGUGGGAGAGGAGCAUGGCAUCACAAUUAUCCAGGUGGAAUGGAUUAAACAGCCAAAAGGAAAUGAGAAGAACGAUCAGAAAAUUGUUGUGUUCCAUCCUGGGUUCCCAACAAAUUAUUUUAAAUCUGGUCCUCUUCUGGAGACAGUGACCAGUUCAAAAAGUGGGAAGCUGCAAGGCUCAAUCUUGAUUCUGCAUAAAGUUACAGUGAAUGACAGUGGAAACUAUAUUUGUGAAAUUACUUCUUAUCCUAUUGGCUCGAUUAAAAGAAUCACAACGCUGCAAUUCACAGAGCCUCCAGCAUCAGUGAAUAUGCCAUAUCCAUAUGGAUUCAUAAAAGAGGGGGAUGAUAUGAAAAUAACUUGUUCAGCGAUCCCUCCACCACUCCGAUAUAAACUGAGACGUUCAAAGAACAAGAUAUUGUGGCUGGAAAGCUCAAACUGAGUUUAUUUUACC